AUGUCGCUCGUAACAACGUUGGGCAAUCACUUGGACGUGUUCGGUUUCCGCCGAUCUUUCGAUGACGAAGACGUGGCACUGCACUACAUUUGCACACAGCUUCAUUCGUUGUACCUCGAACACACACCGGCACAAGUGGAGCAUCGAGAGGCCUGGAUGAAAUAUCUGCGUGAUUCGAAUCACCAGCUUUGCAACACG